UUAAAAUAGAGAACAGCUCACCACAGAAUCCGCUGCCUACAAUAAUCUUCUCUUUUCAGAUGGAUUCCUUUGUUAACUCCUCUCUCUCUCUCUCUCAUUUGCUUGCAUAUUUUUCUUUCUGGGUAACUAACUUGACUAUGCCUGCUCAAGUUAUUUCUGAGAACACCCUUCAUGGAAUUCAAGUGCUAGGAAGGGAAAAUAAUUCUUUCCCCGUGAAGAGGUUGGAAGGAAAAGUAGCAAUUGUCACCGGUGGCGCAAGAGGAAUCGGAGAAGCAACAGUGAGACUCUUUGAGAAGCACGGCUCCAAGGUGAUCAUCGCCGAUGUCAAAGACACUCUUGGAACCCUGCUCGCCAACUCCUUGACUCCUUCCGUUUCAUACGUACAUUGCGACGUUGGCUCCGAACGUGACAUCGAAAGCUUGAUUAAUUCAACAGUUUCGCGUUACGGGCAGCUUGACAUCCUCUUCAACAACGCGGGCGUGCUGGGAACCCAGAAAAACCAUAAGAGCAUCGUCGAUUUUGACGCCGACGAAUUCGAUCGCGUCAUGCGCGUGAACGUGAGAGGCGUAGCCUUGGGAAUGAAGCAUGCGGCACGCGUGAUGAUUCCGAGAAGGGCCGGAUGCAUCAUCUCCACGGCCAGCGUUGCCGGAGUGAUGGGAGGGCUCGGUCCACACGCAUACACCGCCUCGAAGCACGCUAUUGUUGGGAUAACGAAGAACUCGGCCUGUGAGCUUGGCCGGUUUGGGAUUAGGGUUAACUGCAUUUCGCCAUUUGGGGUGGCCACGUCCAUGCUCGUUAAUGCAUGGAAAAGUGAAGAAGAGGAAGAAGAUGAUGAUGAAGAUUAUGUUUCUCCUGGUGAGCAAGAAGUGGAGAAGAUGGAGGGGUUUGUGAGGGGGCUGGCCAAUUUGAAGGGUCCAACGUUAAAGGCUAGAGAUAUAGCAGAGGCUGCUCUUUACCUUGCUAGCGACGAAUCCAAGUAUGUAAGUGGUCAUAACCUAGUUGUGGAUGGUGGGGUUACUACCUCAAGAAACUUUGUUGGCUUGUAAUAAUAGAAUAUUUUUAACUUGUAGUUCUUUUUAUUUUUCUAAUUUUCUGGGUCAUCUUUAUUUAUACAAGUGUGUUUAUUUAUGUAAUAAGACGGGCAGAGUUUUUACUUCAAGGAUGGAAUAUAUUUUCCAUGGUUAUCAUUCCAA